AUGAAUCGUGAGGAUUUAGACCGCAAGCCGGGCAGGGGGGCGGAUACUCGACAGUCGAAGACCACGCUGAGCUCAAGGUCUAGAAUCCCCAGUACGACAAAGCCAAGUACUUCAAUGGUCAGCACCAAUCCGGCAAGCGUCCCAAAAACACCGCCUACAGCUAGCAGCACUCCACGUAAAGGGAGCACCACGCCGGUUAUAAUCAUCGCUACAAAUACGAAUGGCCAAGUGGUUUCGGGGACUCCAACUACCAUUUCCAGCUUUUCCGGUUUCAGCACCCAGUCACUCUCAAACCCAUCAUGGACAGGCAACACUGUCACAACGACAUCCUCAGGUGGGGGCGGUCCGACCAUAGUGCCGGUGAUCAUGACAGGAGCCGGUUUCAUAGGAGUUUUGGGUCUAGGCCCUCUUUUAGGUCCUGUCGCUGGAGAAAUAUCCGAUGCUGCGCUGCUAGAAGUCUUUGCUUUACCUGGACUGCUACCAUUCGUGCUUGGCCCCGAUGGAGUUCCAGAAUCUCCAUCGGAAGAGGAACAACCUGAUCCCUCUCAAACAGCGAGUGAAUCAACUAGCGAAUCGACUAGCAGCACAACGUCGUCUCAGUCUACGUCGUCACCUCAGUCUACGUCGUCACCUCAGUCUACAUCGUCACCCCAAUCUACAUCGUCACCGCAAUCUACAUCGUCACCUCACUCUACAUCGUCACCUCAAUCUACGUCUCGACCCUCGUCGUCCGCCACAUCAAUGCCUAUUAUCUCACUGGGUUUGGCUGAUGUUGAUGACCUUUAUGACGUAGCGGCAUCCGAUUCGUUUGUGCAGUCUGAAAUUGUCGCUCUCGUAGCUGCAGACAUGCAAACAUCAACAGGAUCCGUUAGCAUGCCAACCUCAACUAGCGGAUCAGGGAAAAGCUCAAGAUCGGCCUCGAGUACAACUACAUCCAGUUCAUCCACUUCGAAACCGACGUCUCUCCACACUCCUGUCCCAAACCCAGGAGGCACCAAUAUUGUGAGUCUCCUCACAAAUGAGGCCAUUGGACGGUACAAUCACUAA